AUGCUUGCUCAUUCACCGAAAGAUCGUUCUCGAUCACCUCAUCGUAACAAUGAAACAACUGUAAAUCAAACAAAUUCUUCUUCUUCUUCAAGCAAACAUUUAUCAUCCACAAUACAAACCUCAAAUCAAAAUGGUACAUCUUCUCAAAUUGAUACAACUACUAGUAGUAAUGAUGCGAAUACUCAAAAUAAUAAUAAUAAUAAUAAUAAUAAUAAAGCCAAGAAAGAAAAUGAAUCUCAAUUACGCAUGAAAAGUCUCAAAUCUUUCAUUCAAACAUUAAUUAAUGAUUCAUCAUCAUUAGGUUCAACAUAUGAUGAACAAGUAAAAGCACUUGAAAAUGCUUGUAUAAAAGAAUAUCGCGAUAUAUCUCUUGAUCGAAUUCGUCGAAUGAUUCGUAAUAUUUUCAAAAUGCGUAAAACACAACAAUCAUCACAUACAACUAAUUCAUUUUUACAUCAAGAGCAUACAAAUAUUUUACCAAAAACAACUACCGAACGUUUUAAUUCUAAUGAAAAUACGAUUAAAAAAAAUCGAUCAAAUUCAACUUCAAGUAACACAACACCCAAAACGUCUGAUCUAGUUACAUCAUCAGCAUCGACAUUAUCUGCACUUGAUGCCGAUUUUCUUCGUCAUGCAUUUUCACAACAAUUUCGACCAUCACUUGAUCUAUCAGCUUAUUUUUCAGCAGCUGCUGUUGCUGCAGCUUCGAAUGGUACUGGUUCAACAUCACCACUUUUCCGUCCAAAUUUUUCUUCAUCAAAUUUUCUUCAAUCACUUACAGCGCCACCUCCACCCAUUCCAACAACACUCGUAUCAUCUCAUACACAUACUAACGGGACAAAUGAUUCGUCAACAACAAACGCCAAUAAAUUAUCCAAACAAAUAAAACUGUCUAAUAGUGAAAUAAAUUCAAUUAAAGUUCUUGUCAAUGCAUAUCGAGAAGCAGCUUCAUAUUUAAGAUUUCGUCAUGAUUAUUUAAAUGAGCUUGAAUUACCUACAUUGAAUCGAUUUCGCAAUGAAGGUGUACAAGCACGACAUGGAAUGCGGCCUACAUUUACUACAAUGACAUUUCCUAAUCAUAUCUCAAUUGCAACGGGAAUGUAUCAAGAAGAUCAUGGAAUCAUACAUAAUUCCUUCUAUGAUCGAUUAUUAAAUAAAACUAUUGGAAUGGGUAAUCGUGAUGAUGGACAAUGGUCUGAUCCAAAAAUAGAACCUUUAUGGAUUACUGCGACUAAACAGAAAGUAAAAUCGGCUGUUCUUUUUUGGCCAGCAUGUCAUAAUGAAUUUUAUGGCAUUCGUCCACUUAUCUAUAGUUAUUUAUAUACUGAUAACAUACCAUUUCGUGAAAAAAUUGACAAUGCCAUAGGUUACUUUCGUGAAUUACCAGUUCAACUCGUUAUGCUAUAUCAUUUUGAACCAGACAAACAAGGUCAUACAUACGGUCCAAAUUCACCUGAAGUACGCGAUGCAUUAUUACGUCUCGAUAAUGAUACAGAAUAUUUAUUAAAUAAAGUAAAAAAUGAACUCAAUGAUGACUUAAAUAUUAUUAUACUCUCUGAUCAUGUAUGUAAAAAUACUUAA